AUGGUGCAAACAAUCCCUUUCGGAAGUAUCCAGGUCCCGGUACCAGGCUAUGGAGCCAUGGGCCUCAGCCAUGGCCUAGGAAGCAACUUGAGCCUCGAAGAAGCCGAACCUGUUCUCCUGAAGGCCAUUGAGCUUGGAUGCACCUUCUGGGAUACUGCAGUGGUUUAUCGCCAAGGUGUCAAUGAGAAGCUCCUUGGAGAUUUCAUUCGCAAGCACAACCUCCGUGACAAAAUCUUCAUUGCUUCAAAAUGCGGCUUUACUGCGGAUUUCAAAGUUACCAACUCAGCCUCACACAUCGCCGAGUACAUUGACGGUACUAUCGAAAGGUUAGGUUUUGCGCCGGACCUGUAUUACCUCCACAGGAUUGAUCCAAACACCCCGCUUGAAGAGUCCAUCCCCGCGCUCGACGUGCUCCGAAAGCAAGGAAAGGCCAAGUACAUUGGGCUUUCCGAGUGCUCAGCUGCAACUCUCCGCAAAGCUAACUCCAUUGCCAAGAUCGAUGCCAUUCAGGCAGAGUAUUCGGCGUUUGAGACCAUCCACGAAACAGAUGGACUCAUCGACACAGCGAAGGAGUUGGGUGUGGCAUACGUGGCCUAUAGCCCUCUGGGCCAUGGCUGGCUGGUAGAUGAUUUUCCUUACAAGACGCCUGACGAUUUCUCCGCGGACGACUUUCGACGAGGAUCCCCUAAGUUCCAAGGAGAAAACUUCUUCAAGAACAAAGCCAUUGUCGAGGCGAUGAAGCAGCUGGCAGUCCGCAAAGGCUGCACCUUGCCUCAAAUCGCCCUAGCUUGGGUCGCCGCACAGGGGAUGAUCGCCAUCCCCGGAACCACCAAAGUACAGCGACUGGAGGAGAACUUUUCUUCAAGGAACGUGGAUCUUACAGAUGAUGAGAAGAAGGAAAUCAGGAAGAUUGUGAACGAAGCUAAGCCUGCGGGCAACCGGUACGGCCCUGCUCACCAAGCCAUGGUCGGACAUUAG